AUGCCAAAACGACGCCUAUCAGACCUGGAAGAAUCAGACAAUCAGGAAGCCGAAUCCGAUAAUGCACAGGACGCCACAAUAAAAGGGACAGUGGUCCUGAAUUUAGCACGAGUUGUUUUCUCUCGCCAAGCUAAGUAUCUAAAGAUCCGUAGAGAACAUCUUGCGCCUGUAAUGAACAAGAGUUUGCUGAGAGGUCAAUUCAAUCUUUAUAUUCAGAGUUUGAACGAAGAGCUAGAAAAGUUAUUGGGUUUGCAUCUUGUUCAGAAUGGAACAGAGUUCCAUCUUCUCUCGUGCCUCAAGCCCGAGUCUAAGGACAUUUUACACGAAUUGUUUAAAGACGAUCAAAACACGUCUGGAAUUAAUUUACGAGAAGAGUUUGCAUCCUCCAAGCCACCGCAGAGCCGAACUCCGGUAGUGGGCAACAACAGAGAUUGUUGCUUGGGAGGAAUACAACUCAUUGUUAUAUUCCUAAUUGUAUUGAAUCAGAAUAGAAUUAGCGAGACGGACCUACUAGAUUCGCUCGCAAGCUUUGGGCUCACAAGCCGCUUGAAUGUCACUAUACCACUAUUCAACACGUCUAUUCAGCCACUUAUUGCGGAAAUGGUGAGGAAAGAUUACAUCGAAAAAUCAGGAACCAGAACUGUAAAUCAGGAAGACUCCAAUGGAGAGUAUUCUUUGGGAAAUCGGUGUCUACAAGAAUUUCCACCCAAAACAUUACAAGCAUUACUCAAAGUCAUCGUUCCAUCCGAAGAUUUCAACGAGAAAAUAAACACGUCGCUACGAAGGUGUUUUCCGGACUUUGACUUUUCGGAGGAGCCCUCAGAUCAACCACAGCCUGCAGAAGAGGAUCGAAGUCCAGACGAACAGGCAGCGUGA